GAGGGAAAAAGUUAAAUUCACAAUCUUAAACCCUAAACCCACAAACCUAAAUAUUCGAUUUUUCCAGUUAAACCCAACUUCUACGCCACCACCGGCCGGGAAGGAGUAAGAAGCGAUGGUUAAGGCAUACCUGAGAUACGAGCCGGCGGCAGUGUUCGGCGUGAUCGUAUCUGUUGAUUGUAACAUAACGUACGACAGCUCCGGCAAACACCUUUUGGCGGCGGGGUUAGAGAAGCUCGGUGUGUGGCACGUUCGCAAGGGAAUCUGCACCAAAGCCCUAGCGCCGUCACCUACAUCCACGUCUCGCGGCCCCAAGCUCGCCGUCACCGCCAUCGCUGCUUCUCAGUCUUCCUUGAUUGCAGGUGGCUAUGCUGAUGGUACUGUAAGAAUAUGGGAUAGUGAGAAAGGAACAUGCGAGACCACUCUAAAUGGACAUAGAUCUCCAGUGACGAUUCUUCGAUAUAACAAGCUUGGAUCUUUACUUGCUUCAGGGAGCAAGGACUGUGACAUCAUUUUAUGGGACGUAAUUGGUGAAGCAGGGCUGUUUCGCCUUCGAGGGCAUCGCGACCAGGUUACUGAUCUUGUGUUCCUAGAUUCCAGUAAAAAGUUGGUUAGUUCCUCAAAGGACAAGUUUUUGAGAGUUUGGGAUCUUGAAACACAACAUUGUGUGCAGAUAGUUAGUGGUCAUCAUAGCGAAAUUUGGUCAAUUGAUGUUGAUCCUGAUGAGAGGUAUUUAGUGUCUGGGUCAGGUGACUCAGAGCUAAGAUUUUAUUCAAUUAAGAAUGAUUCAGCUGAUGGAAAAACUGAGCCUGAAAAAAUUGCAUUUGAUGUUGAAAAUGGAAAUGCCCCUGCCAGAAACAAAUGGGAAGUUUUGAAGCAUUUUGGUGAUAUACGGCGUCAGAGCAAAGAUAGGGUUUCCACGGUGCGGUUCAAUAAAACUGGUAACUUACUGGCUUGUCAGGUUGCGGGAAAAAUUGUUGAGAUAUUUCGUGUUUUGGAUGAGUCUGAAUCUAAAAGGAAGGCCAAAAGGAGAAUCAACAGAAAGGAGAAAAAAACUUCUAAAAAUAAGGCCGAGAUAACUGAAAAUGGAAAUACAGGUAUGGAAGUUGAAGAGAGUAGUGAGCUCCUAGUUACAGUCCCUGACAUCUUCAAGCCUCUUCAGCCCGUACAAGCUAAGAAGAAGAUUUGCUCUAUAUAUUUUUCUCCUAUAACUGCAAAAGGCUCACUGGCAACUUUAGCGUUGUCUUUAGACAACAAUUCGUUGGAAACUUAUUCGAUUGGCAGCACUUCUCCAGAAAGAACAAGUGCAAUUGAGCUCCACGGACAUCGUUCUGUUGUCAGAAGUGUAACUCUUAGCUCGGAUAAUACUCUUUUGAUGUCCACAAGCCAUAGCUUGAUCAAAAUAUGGAACCCUAGCACUGGGUCUUGCCUUCGAACUAUUGAUUCGGGUUAUGGAUUGUGUGGCCUCUUUGUACCUGGUAAUAAGUAUGCAGUUGUCGGAACAAAAAAGGGGACAUUGGAAAUAAUUGAUGUAAGAAGUGGUACUUGUGUUGACGUAGUUGAAGCUCAUGGUGGUGAUGUCAGGUCUAUUGCUUCAGCACCAGAUGGUUUUGUCACCGGGAGUGCAGACCAGGAUGUCAAGUUUUGGGCGUAUGAUUUUGCACAGAAACCUGGUCAAGAUCAUAAACAUUUGACAGUAUCUCCAGUGAGAAAUUUGAAAAUGAAUGAUGAUGUUGUUGUAAUCGCUGUCAGCCCGGAGGGUAAACAUAUUGCAGUUGCCAUGUUGGAUUGCACAGUGAAGGUCUUCUUCAUGGAUACCCUUAAAUUUUUCCUCUCAUUGUAUGGCCAUAAGCUGCCUGUGUUAUGCAUGGACAUAUCUUCUGAUGGGGAUUUGAUUGUUACUGGAUCUGCGGACAAAAAUCUGAAAAUAUGGGGUCUGGAUUUUGGUGACUGCCAUAAGUCCCUUUUUGCUCACGCUGAUAGUGUCGAGGCAGUUAAGUUUGUCAAAAAUACUCACUACAUGUUCAGUGUGGGAAGAGAUCGUUUGGUGAAAUAUUGGGACGCAGACAAGUUUGAAUUGCUUUUAACUCUUGAAGGUCAUCAUUCUGAGGUUUCUUGCCUUGCAAUCAGCAAUCAUGGGGAUUUUCUAUUAACAGGAUCUCUUGAUAGAUCUAUUCGCCGUUGGGAUCGUACUGAAGAGCCCUUUUUCAUUGAGGAGGAGAAAGAAAAGAGACUGGAAGAGAUGUUUGAGACUGACAUUGAUAAUCCAUUUGAGAGUAAGUAUGCGCCUAAAGAGGAAUUACCAGAAGAGGGGGCUGUGGCAUUAGCAGGAAAGAAAACUGGAGAAACUGUAACCGCAGCUGACUCCAUUAUGGAAGCACUAGAUAUAGCAGAGGAAGAAUUGAAGCGUAUUGCCGAACAUGAGGAGAGAUCACAAGGGAAGGUUGCUGAUUUCCAGCCAAACAUUCUUAUGCUUGGCCUUUCUCCAUCUGAUUUUGUUUUGCGUGCAGUAUCAAGUGUUCACACGAAUGAUUUGGAGCAGGCAUUGCUAGCUCUGCCAUUCUCUGAUUCCUUAAGGGUUCUAUCCUAUUUGAAAGAGUGGGUUGCUUACCCUGAAAAGGUUGAGCUUGUAUGUCGGGUUUCGACUGUGUUGCUGCAGAUCCAUCAUUACCAACUAACCUCUACUGUCUCUGCCAGGCCCAUUCUAUCUCUUCUCAAAGACAUCUUGCAUGCUAGGGUCAAGGAAUGCAAAGAUACCUUAGGGUUCAAUUUGGCAGCGAUGGACCAUGUAAAGCAAUUGAUGGCUGCAAAGUCUGAUGCACCGUUCCGGGAUGCCAAAACAAAAUUAAUGGAGAUCCGUGCACAGUAUGCCCAUCAUGCUGUGCAAACUCGAGAGCAAAGAAGGAAGAAGAAGAAGCAAAAGAAGCUGGAUGAUGGCCACGUUUGGUCGUGAUUCUUGGGUAACAGUAUAUAACCCAAAUUUUGCACGAAUGUUGUUGUAUAUAUACAUGUUGCAGCCUUAAGGCCGGAUAUGUAACUCCUACUUUGAGUCGUUCAAAUGAGCCUAUUCAUUGUUGUAGUAUUA